UCUAUCUAUUGCUCAAUUUGUUUGUCUCUCUUCUUCUUUCCUUUUCUCCAAAAACUAGAGCCAAACUAAAAGCAUAGAGAAGCAACUAAUCUAAAAAUCUUUCCAAAUUCUUUUACUAGAAACAAAGAGAGGCGAUGAAUAGAGGAGUGUUGGAGAGUUCGCCGGUACAACACCUCACGGCAGCUGGAAACCCUAAUUGGUGGAAUAACGUCAGCGGCGGCUUGAGGCCACCACCGCCGUUGAUGAGUACUCACCAGCCACCACCUACAACCGCUUAUCUUCCAAGUCUCUUGCCGAAUUAUUUUUCUUCUCCGACUUCCUCUUCAUCUUCUUCUUCACCUUCUUUGCCUCCUAAUAGUAACCCUAACUUCUCUUCUUGGCUUGAAAUGAGUGAUCUGCCUCUUGACCAGCCAUGGAGCCUUAGUCAACUCCUCAUGGGUGGACUGAUGAUGGGAGAGGAAGAUAAAAUGGAGAUGAUGAACCGUCAUCAUCAAAAUGAACAGCAUAGUUACCAAGAGAAGAAGAUACAGAAUUGGGAAGAACAAGUUUUGAGGCACCAAGUUUCCAUGAAACAAGAGAGUAACAAUAAUAAUGGUUAUGGAAUAAUGUCCUUACCGAACUCACCUCCAAACAAGUCAUGUGUUACAAUUCACAACACCAAUGAAGACAACAAGAACAACAAUAACAUUCGUCACAAUGGUCUUAACUUGUCCGAGAGUAACAGCUCAGAGAUAAUUGGGUCUUCUAUUGCAAAUAAGAAACCAAAGCUUCAGGUUCCUUCAUCACAAUCAACUCUCAAGGUAAGAAAGGAGAAACUUGGAGGCAGAAUCGCAUCUCUUCACCAGCUAGUAUCUCCCUUUGGCAAGACUGACACAGCUUCUGUCUUGUCGGAGGCUAUUGGAUACAUUAGAUUCCUCCACAGUCAAGUUGAGGCUCUAAGUCUACCAUACUUUGCUGGGACUACUCCCUCGAGGAAUAAUAUGAUGCACCAACAUGCUCAAGGAAAUUUGAAUGGUAUAUUUCCUGAGGACCCUGGUCAGCUUGUAAAUGAGUAUCGCAUGAAAAGAGGAGUUUCAUCAUCAUCGACGGACAAUCAAAAGUCAAAUCCUAACGAAGAACCAAUGAAAGAUUUGAGAAGUAGAGGACUUUGUCUUGUCCCAAUCUCAUGCACACUCCAAGUUGGUAGCGACAAUGGCGCGGACUAUUGGGCUCCGGCGUUCGGAUUCACUCUCCAGUAACCUAUUUCACUUUCUGUUGUAAUUUGAUUUUUUGUCGGCCAAAAAAAUUUAGUAGAUGUUAUAACAUCAUGAGCAACCAAUCUCUUUGAGAAAACAACAAAAAAUGAGUUUCCUCCAAGAUUGGUUGUUCAUGAUGCUAUGCUAACACAGAUUGGUUUUGGCCUUUGGCCUUUGAACAUUUGCAGUUGACGAGUAUGAGAUGGCCUAUUUAAUCAUGUUUUUAAAUUAAUCAGAACUUUAUCUAUACUCUUAAUGAACUGAUGAUUGUAUUUUAGUUUUA